AUGAAAGUUGCAAUACCCCGGCAAAGGUCCAUCGUUGUGCCGACAUCCAACAAACGAGUCUCACGGGCAUGCGAAUCAUGUCAUCAGCGAAAAAUAAAAUGCAAUGGCCAGACUCCAACUUGUAGACAGUGUGAAGAAACAAAAGCUACGUGCACAUAUCCGCUAAAGUCGCGUGAGAAAACAACACAACAAAUCGGAAGUCUUCAUGAGAGAGUACAGGAUUACGAAACGCUGUUGAAAGAGAUAGAAAAUCAGGUCGACGGCCAAGCUGCCAAGCGCAUCAAAGAUCUGCUCCAGAAGUACAACUCCAAUACAAACUAUGCAUCAAAUGGAAGUUCCCAAGCGUCUCGGGGCCAUAGUGGUACUAGGCGAUCCAGUUCAUCUUCUUCCAUCGGAUCAUUGGAAGCGGUAGAUCGAGUUGAGCAAGAUGUCAACUUAACCGAAAGCUCCCGUGCCACUGGAUAUAUGGGCAAGAGUUCGGAGGUUACGUGGAUGGGCCGUGUGGAGGAAGAAACCGAACUUCGCAGCCGCGAGAAAUCACCAAAAAUUACAUCCAAAGAUCAUGACAAAGUUCCCCCAUGCACGGUCAGCUAUCAUCUUGAUGACCUUGGUAUCGAUGCACCAGGGCCGGUACAAAUGUAUUGGGUACCUCCUCAACCAUUGGCAGAUCAUCUGUUUGAAACUUAUCUGCGCGCAGUUCACCCGCAUUUCCCCAUCAUCAACAGUACUCUGUUUUCCACCCAAUACAGGAACUUCGUCGAUGAUAUGUUUUAUGCGGGUGAUAAAUGGUUGGCGAUAUUGAAUAUGAUCUUCGCUAUUGCGACAGAAUACUUAUAUAACAGUGAUGCGACACAGCGGGGGGAUAGCAAAGACCAUCUCUUCUACUUGACUCGAGCUAGAAUGCUAAGUUUGAGCGGCGACAGUCUAUUCCAACAUCCCGAUCUUCAACAAGUGCAAAUAGAGGGGUUGAUUGCAUUCCACAUGCUAUCUACAAACCAGAUUAAUAGGGCAUGGAAAAUCUCAGCUUUAGCACUUCGAUCCGCCAUCUCGCUCGGAAUCAACUUGAAGACCAGUUCAAAUAAAAGGCGCGGUGUGUCCAAGGAGAUGCUCUGUCGAGUUUGGUGGUGUCUUUACACGGUCGAAGAAAAGCUAGGCUCGAUGACUGGUCGGGCAACCUCUAUUUCGUUCCAUACGUAUACCACCCAACUACCCCUUCCCUUCGACGAGGAUCAUUUAUCCGAUCCAUCAGCUACGGAACUCCUCGAUGACCUUGGUAUGAGAGAGAAACGCGUGAACAUGGCCAUGACCAGCCCGUACCUUCGUCACGCCGACCGUCAACCGACCGAAGAAGGACUUGCUGGGCGCUCGUGGCUUAAAAGCCUGCCAAUAAACCCCAGUCUCUAUUUCCUAUACUACUGUGAUCUCACAGUUGUGAGCCAAGAGAUCCUAGACCGUGUGUAUUCAGCAGCGAGCGCGACAGUAUCAUGGAACAAGAUCAAGGGCACCAUUAGACGGCUGAAGUCAAGCGUUGAUGCAUGGUUAUCUACUCUCCCACCAGGGCUGGACUUCACUUCCAUGAAAGAUGAAGAUCAGCAAACCUACUGGGCGAAGACAAACUUGGCAUUCCAUUAUCACAGCACACGCAUUGUCUUAGGUCGACCGUGUCUCUGCCGACACAACCCAAAGCGACGCGAGAGAUCAAGGAAAAGUCUUGACCAGUGGGGAUUCAGCCACGAAAUGGCUGUGAUGACCCUAGAGUCGACCAUUUCCACUCUCGAUUUGCUGCCCGACGAGCCAGAUACUGUGUAUUUAUACCAGGUUUGUCCAUGGUGGUGUUUCCUUCAUUACAUCAUGCAGACAUCGACGGUAAUCAUCUUGGAACUGUCUUUUGGCUGUGUGCAUAUGCCAGAUCGAGAAAUUAGUCUGGUUCAGUCAGCGAAGAAAUCUGUCCGAUGGCUCUACAUGAUGUCUACGCAUUGCAUAGCGUCGUAUCGUGCAUGGCAACUUUGUGAAAGUGCUGUUCGUCGACUGGUGUCUAGCAUGGGAUACGAUGACAGCGAUAUACCACGACCUACAAACCAGCAGCCUGAGGAUGUGUUUGGUGAUCAUGCUAGCCUUGAAAUACCUGCACGGCUUGAUGGCGGAGUUGACGGUGCUCAACAUCCACCUUAUAACGGUCAAUCUCAGUCGUCAAAUCUUCCCCAAGGUCAUGCAGUGGAUCAUUACAAUAAUGGCGCAGACCUCUCGGAUUCUUUGGCGUCUGAGUUUUUAUCUGCUGAAAGUAAUCAAGAGUCCACUGCGGGCGAUCCGCAUUUCCCUUUGGAUCCGAUUAGUGAAGAGUUCAUUCGUUAUUUCUUCCCUACCUUUGAUGGAGAGGAAAAUUCCGGCAGCGAAAAUCACACAUUCUGA